CGCCCUUCCAUGCCGUGGCCCUGACAGCGCGCAGCAACGUGCAACAGGCCGUGCGGGGUUUGUAUUUCUUCCCUCUUUGUGAACAAUGUCAGAGAAAGUACAGCCUACAGGGAAUGGGCCGGAAGAAGAAGAUGGGCCUGUUCCCUGUAAGCAGGCAAAGGUAGAUGAGUCUGACAAGCUGUCCACAUUAAAUUUCGACAGCCCCACUGCUCUUUUUGAAAGUUUAAUCUCACCCAUCAAGGUAGAGACUUUUUUCAAGGAAUUCUGGGAACAAAAGCCCCUUCUCAUCCAGAGGGAUAACCCUUCACUGGCCACCUAUUACCAGUCUCUGUUCAGAUUCUCAGAUCUGAAAAGGCUCUGCCUUCAAGGGUUGUAUUAUGGAAAAGAUGUGAAUGUCUGCCGGUGCAUCAAUGGGAAGAAGAAGGUUUUAAAUAAGAAUGGCAAAGUACACUUCCUUCAGCUGAGAAAAGAUUUUGAUCAGAAGAGGGCAACAAUUCAGUUUCAUCAACCACAGAGAUUUAAGAAUGAGUUUUGGAGGAUCCAGGAAAAGCUGGAAAGUUACUUUGGCUCCUUGGUCGGCUCGAAUGUAUACAUGACUCCAGCAGGAUCUCAAGGUCUCCCUCCCCAUUAUGAUGAUGUCGAGGUUUUUAUCCUGCAGCUGGAGGGAGAGAAACACUGGCGUCUCUAUUCCCCAACGGUGCCCCUGGCACGUGAGUACAGCGUGGAGCCUGAGGCCCGGAUUGGCACACCAACGCAUGACUUCAUAUUGAAGCCUGGUGAUUUGUUGUACUUUCCCAGAGGGACCAUUCAUCAGGCAGAAACUCCAUCAGGCCUGACCCACUCUACUCAUGUGACCAUUAGCACCUACCAGAACAAUUCAUGGGGAGAUUUCCUUUUGGAUUCCAUUUCUGCGCUUGUAUUUGACAUUGCAAAGGGAGAUGUGGCAUUAAGGACUGGAAUACCCCGGAAGAUGCUCAUGCAAGUGGAAACCCCAGUUGCUGCAAAGAGAAAGGUGAGUGGCUUUCUCAGGACUCUUGCAGACCAGCUAGAGGACAGAAAAGGACUGCUACCAUCAGACAUGAAGAAGGAUUUUGUCAUGUGCAGACUUCCUCCUUACUUCUUGGAAAAUGGAACAGAUUUGUUGGAACCAGCUGAAAAGUUCCCAACGCUGGACAGCACAAUAAGACUGCAGUUUAGAGACCACGCUGUCCUCACGGCAGGACCAGAUGAGAGUCAGUCUGAUGAAGCUCCACAAAUGAUGGCUUACAUCUAUCAUUCCCUGAAGAAUCUGAGACAGGCACACAUGAUGGGAAAAGAUGAGGAAACACAGUGUUAAAAGGAACGUUUAUUGCGCUAAAUGCAUACAUAAAGAAGCUGGAAAAAUCCCACACUAGAGAAUUUACAUAACAUUUGAAUACUUUCAAACAAAAAGAAGCAAACUCACCCAAGAGAACUAGAUGACAGAAAAUCAAAUUGAGAGCUGAAAUCAACAAAAUUGAAACAAAAAAAACAAUAUAAAGAAUCAAUGAGACAAAGAGUUUGUUCUUCAAGAAAAUCAACAAAAUAGACAAACCUUUAUCUACACUAACCAAAAGGCAGAGAAAGAAUAUCCAAAUCAACAAAAUCAGAAAUGAAAAGGGCAACAUAAUAACAGACAUGGAGGAAAUUCAAAGAAUCAUCAGGUCAUAUUUCGAAAACCUGUACUCCACAAAAUUGGAAAAUUUAAAGGAAAUGAACAACUUUCUGGAUAAAUAUUACUUAUCAAAAUUAAAUCAAGACCAGAUAAGCAAAUUAAACAGACCUAUAACUGCUGAAAAAAUAUAAACAGUCAUCAAAAGUCUCCCAACCAAAAAAAGCCCAGGACCAGAUAGUUUCAGCUCAGAAUUCUACAAGACUUUCAAAGAAGAACUAAUACCAAUACUCCUCAAAUUGUUCCACAUAAUAGAAGCAGAAGGGUCAUUGCCAAACACUUUUCAUGAGACUGCAAUUACCAUGAUACCCAAACCACAUAAAGACAUUGCUAAGAAUGAAUUACAGACCAAUCUCACUUAUGAACAUUGUUGCUAAAAUACUGGCAAAUCGAAUCCAAGAACACAUCAGAACCAUCAUUCACCAUGAUCAAGUCGGUUUCAUUUCAGAAAUGCAGGAAUGGUUCAACAUACAAAAAUCUGUCAAUGUAAUCUACCAUAUAAACAAACUGAACCACAAAUUUGUUUCUAUGAAAACCUGAUAGUAGGUACUCAUGGGAUUGCCUGACAUGAGUUUUAAUGUGUACAUGCCUGCUUAUAGGUAUAAAAUGAACAGUGGCAGCAAACAUGGGCGAAGAAGACAAAAGACCUGAGGUCUUAACUACUCUACAGAUAAAGAUCUGCAGGGAAAUAAGCCUUCUGGACCUAUUGAAGAGUUGAUCAAGAAUGAGUGGAAUGAGGAGAAAAAAAUAAUGACAUCUUGAAUUUUGCAGGAAAAUGGAUGGAGCUAGAAAACAUUAUUUUGAGUGAGGUAACCCAGACACAGAAAGACAAUUACCACAUGUACUCAAUCAUAGGUGGUUUUUAAACACAAAGCAAAGAAAACCAGCCUACAAAUCACAAUCCCAGAGAACUUAGACAACAAUGUGGACACUAAGAGAGAUAUACAUAGAUCUAAUCUGCAUGGGAAGUAGAAAAAGACAAGAUCUUCCAAGUAAAUUGGGAGCAUGGGGAACCUUGGUUGAAGGGGGGAGGAGAGAGGCAGGGAAGACUGAGCCAGUUUCAAAGGAAGUGAAGCCAAACUAACUUAGUGACAUGAACCAUAAUGUGUGGCCCAAAUAUAAUUCACUUCUAAAGAAAUGCCAAACUACUGGGAAAAGCUAAAUAAAAUGACAGUAAUCUAAUAAAAGGCUCAUAAACCUUUAAAAAAAGAUUCUAAUAUGAUAACUUCCAGGCUAAAAAAUCCUAUUAACACCUUCAGUCUAUCUAGUCCUAAUUUUGGAUGAAUAUGGGCCAACCACUGUCUGGGCUGCUACCCUAUCGUUUAGCACUGGACUAAUGGGCUUAAGUACCAGUUCAUUUCUUCCUCACAUUUGAGUAGACUGGAAAUGAAGACCUAAAGAACACACAUACACAUACACACACACACACACGUGCUUGGAAUAUUUAGGUAAGCAUCAAUGGUGGGGUCAGAGCUGAGCCAAGAGCAGGCAGACAGAGACAAACUUCAACAGCUAUCCUUCCUUUGCAUUUAUCUUAGAAAAGUAAGUUUCACUGCCUCAUGUUGGCAUGCACAAUUCAUUUCUAAAAGAGCAAAUAGCAUAUAGCCAUCCAUCCAAAACACACAAUCUUGAUUUUCCAUUUGUAUUUUUCUAACUUUCACUGGCAAGUAAUGUGUAUGUAUUUCUUAGGUUCACUGUACAUUGUAAGAUGAUCACAUCAGCCAUACUACCUAGAGCUGUACUUCCUUGAAUAUGAAACUAUCAAACUCUUCUAGAUUUUUAAUGCAACAUGUAAUGAAAUAUUUAAAAAUACACAAAAUUUUUGAUAAUAGCCAAGUAGUUAUCAUUAAAUGUUAUGUCAAGUUGGAUGAUAUGAAUAACAGGAAAUGUCAGUAAAAUUCUAAAAGAGUUCAUUAGUAUUUAGCCAC